AUGAGCGACGAAACUGACGACCGUCUUACUUAUACAUAUGGGAGUCGAAGUUCACAUUCAUCCGAACCGGAAGAAGACAAAAAGGGAGUGCAAACAUGGACGGUAAAGUCAACUGAAUCCAAGGAUGAUGAAUCGAAAGUUGAUGAUUUGGGACCUCCUCUUCCGUCAAGGACUUUAUACUCUUUUUUCUUUGGACCAAGGGUUAAAAUACCAAAUGAUGCUAUAGCCACGCAGUAUUCGGUUUAUGAUGACCCACUGGCUCGAGAGACGUAUUAUCCUAUUGAUACAUACGAAAAUAAACAUCGGUUCGAUCCAGGUUUUCGAUGGACAUGGGGAGAAGAAAAACGACUUGUAAGAAAAAUGGACUUGUUCAUUAUGCUUUGGACAUGUGUAAUGUUUUUCGCGCUCGAGUUGGAUCGUGCAAACAUUAAACAGGCUUUGAGUGAUAACUUUUUGGGUGAUUUGGGUAUGAAUACAAAUGAUUACAACAAAGGAAUGAUUGUGUUUUAUUGUUCCUUUUUGCUUGCCGAAUUGCCCUCACAACUGAUCAGUAAACGCCUUGGUCCUGACCGCUGGAUUCCCACCCAAAUUACGUUAUGGAGUAUUGUUACGAUAUUUCAAAUAUUCCUAAAAAAUAGGGCUUCUUUUUAUGUUACACGGAUGCUACUUGGAAUUUUAGAAGGAGGAUUCAUUCCUGAUGUAGUUUUGUAUCUUUCCUAUUUUUACACUGGUUCGGAGCUAAAUCUUCGUUUUUCCUUCUUUUGGAUUUCCAAUUCUAUUGCUGAUAUUUUCGCUUCUUUUUCUGCUGUCGGCAUUCUCAAACUAGACGGUCAUCAUGGGAUUGCUGGCUGGCGCUACCUUUUUUUGAUUCAAGGCCUUAUCACUUUAUUCAUUGGAUUAUUAUCCUACGGUAUGAUGCCUUCUGGACCAACCGCUACUGCAUCUUGGUUUCGCGGAAGAACAGGUUGGUUUAGUGAGAGACAAGAGAAAAUCAUUGUGAAUAGAGCACUACGAAACGACCCAUCGAAAGGAACCAUGCAUAACCGACAAGCAUUAACCCUUAAGCUUCUAUGGAAAGCCAUUUGUGAUUAUCAUUUGUGGCCUCUGUAUGCUAUUGGGGUUGGUUUUAUGAUUCCAUAUCAAACACCAUCCUCAUAUUUGACCUUAAGCCUUAAAAGUCUAGGAUUUUCAACAGUCAAAACUAAUCUGCUGGUUCUCCCAUCUAUAUUUUUAAAAAUACUACUUUUAUUAGCAAUCACCUUUUUCAGUGAAAUGAUUGGAGAAAAAACAAUAGUUUGCAUGAGUCCGCAAUUUUAUGUACUACCAUUGUUAAUUGCAUUAUACCUUUUGCCUGGGUCCACCAAUAAAUGGGUGUUGUAUGCAAUCUCUACUUUGAUUGUUGGCACUCCUUACGCUCAUGCCUUGCAGGUGGGUUGGAAUUCUCAAAACUCGAAUUCUGUUCGCACUCGCACUGUUUCCGCCUCAUUGUAUAACGUUUCAGUUCAGAUUGGUAGCAUCGUAUCUGCCGUAAUUUAUCGGGCAGACGACGCUCCUCGCUAUCGACGUGGAAAUCGCGACCUUAUUGUCUUUUAUGUUCAUGUGAACAAGAAAAGAGACAAACUAUGGAAUGGAAUGACGGAGGAGGAGAAAAAACUUUAUAUUGAAAAUACUACUGAUGAAGGAAAUAAGAGAUUAGAUUUUCGUUUUGUCCACUGA